UCUAGACUUCACACAGUACGGACCUGUCCAAGCGAUUGGAACACAGCGCCAUACGCAGUGGAUAUUUCGUCAUUCAAACAUUGUGAUAGUGACAAAAAUCGUUCAGGACGUGAUUAAGUGGGAGUGAAACAUUGCAUUGAAUUUUAUAUUUAUUUACUGUUUAUAAACUAACUGUGAGCGAUAAGAACGUUGUGAAUUACUGUUUUGUGGAUUAUGAUAUUGUACCCACGAUUUGGAUAAUUCCGGAUAAGGAGUGCAAAAACACCGCAAAUAUUUUUAACCACAGUGAUAAUUCGUGCGGACCCAUCGACGUCCGCCGAAACAUGGUUGCCGAGUUCAUCCUGAGUCAGCAGCAGCUGCUGAGCGGAGCGGGUGGUGGAGCCCUGGGCCCCGUGCCACCCCCCUCCCGCGCACCGCCUCCUCCUAGAGGUCGCCACUCCGUCUCCCCGCACUUCCCAAUGGACCAGAGCCAAGGUCCCGUGGGCAGCCCCGGCGACCCAAAUGACUACUCUCCUUUCGAAUUCAACAAACGCAAGGAAUUCUUCGGUCAGCGCAAACAGAGGGAGUUCAUCCCCGACAGCAAGAAAGACGAUGGUUACUGGGACCGUCGCAGGAGAAACAAUGAAGCCGCCAAGCGUUCCCGGGAAAAGAGACGCUUCAAUGACAUGGUCCUGGAACAGCGCGUCGUUGAACUGUCAAAGGAGAACCACGUACUCAAAGCACAGCUUGAUGCUAUAAAGGAGAAAUAUGGAAUAUGUGGAGAAACCCUCAUAAGCAUAGACCAGGUGUUGGCCACUCUCCCUACAUGUGACCAGGUUCUCUGUGUGACGAAGAGGAGUAAGCUGACGCCAAACGCACUGUUCCCCGCGCCACCACCACCACCACCACAAGCACCUGCAUCGCCCCCCUCACCGCCACCUCAGCGCCAGCCAGAACCUUACCAAGAAAGGUUACCGGCCCCUGAGGCGUACUACCCUCACCCAGCACACUACGAGCCCCCCGGCUCAGUUCUCAACCUGUCCAGAUCUCGCCGCGUGCCCUCUCCCUACGAGCUGUCCUCUCUCUCAGGCUCAGGGGAUGAGACCGCUGAACAGUACGCCCCUGAAAACAACGGGCUGCCUCUCAAACUUCGCCAUAAAUCCCAUCUCGGUGACAAGGAUGUUGCCAGUGCCCUGCUCUCCCUCCAGCACAUAAAGCAGGAGCCAGGCCCCCGGUCCUCACCCUCAUGGGACGGGGAAGGCUCAAGUGACGAAAGAGACUCCGGGAUCUCCAUAGGCGCGGAGUUCAGGCCGCAGCGACCUGAUGACAGGCUAGUGGCCGAGGAGGACGACGCACACCUGAAGGCGGAGCUGGCGCGGCUGGCGACGGAGGUGGCCACGCUGAAGAACAUGAUGCACCAGAACAAGGCGCGCGCGCACGAGCACUGAGCAGCCGCCGCCUGCGCCUGGACCGCGCAGCCGCCCCCGCCCGCGCCCGCGCCGCGCCCCGCGCUCGCACGCGCCCCGCGCUCAGCGUCGAACUCGCUCGUACAAACUGUCUCCCCUCCCAGUAGAAGAAGUUACCACGUUGUAAAGAGAUGAAUAUUAUAUUUGUAUCAUAUUGUGCAGCUGUAAGCGGCUAAGCCGACGCCUAUUGUAAUCCUUCCUAUUAGUUGUCUGUCGUGGUCGAUGUAUAGAUUGUACUCGUGUAGGGUAGGCAGAAGUAGUGGCAGGUCGUCGUAGACGCGCCUCCUGGACCCUUUCAUAUGAAAAUGAGACUAAUUAUGUUCGGUUUACAGACUUUUCGAACAGAUUAAACUUGUCUACUCAGUGAUAGGAUAUAAAAAAUGCAUUUUUAGUGAUGAGC